AUGAAAGACGAAAGCUUGGAUAAUGCUUACAAAAGGAUUACAAAACCAGCAAACCUUUUUCUCAUCAACCGCAUUGCUAUUAAUGGUCCUAAAUGUCCAUUGAUGGUGCUAGUUGCUCCUGCAUUGCUUACCCUUCCCCUGUUUUUCUCUUUGGUCGACAAAUACGGUGUGACUGAACAGCCGCAGUCGCAUCUGGUGGAAUUGAGAAAUUCCGGAGAACUUCGCGAUUGGGCUGACGACGAAUUUGCGAGUAUCGUAUCAGCCGAGUCCGACUACUUACUAGCCGAAGCAUCAUUAGCAAAACCGCGUUGUGCAAGUGUCGCAGCACAUGAGCAGUUAGCUGCCCGUGCUACAAAUCUUUUUAAGCCCGCUCAACCUUGUAUGGGCCGUGCGAUGCGUGUGGUUGUUGUAGGCGGCAAACGUGUCGGUAAAACGGCUAUACUUAGACAAGUAGCAUGCUUUGAGGAUAUCACGUCCAAGAGGUACGAACCAACAAUCGAUGAUACCUAUCAAGUGUUGUUGGAAGAGGGAGAUCGACCUCGAGAAGUACUAAUAUUCCAUGAUACUGGAGGUAUUUCGGACACCGGUCCAGUAGAAUUGAAAAGACCAUAUUUGCAAGUAGCCGACGCAUUUGUGUUGGUAUAUUCUGUGGCAGAUCAUGAAUCAUUUAACAGGAUAGAUCUGUUGAAAAAAUUCAUAGAAAAACAAUUCGGGAAAGAUCGAAAGGAGGUACCAAUCGUUGCACUGGGAAAUAUGCGAGAUUUACCGCAUCGAAAAGUCGAUAGCGAUUUUGCGUACAGUUGGGCAGCUCGAGAACGAGUGAAGCUGUACGAAGUUUCGGCAAAAGAUCGAAAUACGUUAGUGGAUUUUGUACAGUAUUUGGGUCAGCGACAUUUCCAUCCUAUUAAGGAAUCGAAAUUCUCAUUGUCGAAGAAGUUGAAAUCUGAAAAGUCGAAUGCUGCCAUAUUGAUGGACUUAUAAAGCAGAGCUUGUUCAUCUAGUUUUUUCCAAACCCUUUACACCCAUCCCUAUCUCCCUAUCUCCCUCCCUCCCAUACCCUACACACACAUUCUGUUACAAAACUUGUCCACUAUCGUGCCGUACACGUUAUUGAUGUUUAUUGAUUUAUUGAUUGUUCUUCCGUCGAAUUUAUCCCGUUUAUACAGGUAUUUCUCAUGUCGAUCAGGUCACCUGCAUGCUUUGACACUUGGCUGUGUCUGCUCUCUAAAACUUUACAAACAUUCGGUAAUUUUUUGCCAAAAAAGCUUUUUGAUAUCUCUCUCCCCACAGUCGAAGUCUCAGUUGUUUUUCUGCAAGAAAAAGAGCGUGUCUAUCUUCCUAUGAUGUGAUAUUUUUUCAUUGUUUUUUUUUUGUUUUUUUGGGCUCGUAAAUAAAAUGUUAUAACACGAAA